CCCCAAGCUCUCUCUCAACCCAUAUGUCGCUCUGCUUUUAAAUUCAACCACCGCUUACUAUCCUUCGCCUUGCUCUAUCCAGACCGCGGAGCAAAAUCUGACGGUGGAGAUGGACCAAAUGCUUCCUCGUGGAAUUCACCAUCGGCGAGCCCACUCCGAUACUACUUUCCGUUUCGACGAUAUUCUCCUCUUCGACCCACCCGAUCUCGAUCUUUCCUCCAUUUACCUCCCGCCUUCCACCUCCAAUCCCGCUCCGCCCCCAGUCAUCCCCGUUCCUACCGAUUCCUCCGAUGACUCCUCUUCCAACGGCCAGCCCUCUCGCUCCUCCCGCAGCAACUCUAGGCGUAUAUCUUCCCAUGUCCGUGGUCUUUCUUUUGAUUCUGAUUUCUUCGACGGACUCGGAUUGACUGAGCCCGCAAAUUCCGGAGGAGCUGGAGAUGAGAAAAUUGGCGGGAAAGAAGGGGCGGGAGAGAAGAGGGUUCACCAUAGGCAUAGUAACUCGAUGGAUUGUACGGCGUCGUUCAUGAUGGAGUCCUUGAUCGCCGUUGACGGUGCUAAGAAGGCUAUUGCUCCUGAUAAACUCGCUGAGCUUGCCCUUAUUGAUCCCAAGAGAGCUAAAAGGAUUCUGGCCAACAGGCAAUCCGCGGCUCGUUCAAAGGAGAGGAAGAUUCGAUACACCAGUGAGCUGCAGAGGAGAGUUCAGACCCUUCAAACAGAAGCUACCAAUCUUUCCGCUCAGGUCACAAUGUUAGAGAGAGACACUACUGGAUUGACAACUGAGAAUAAGGAACUCAAAUUACGGCUAGAGGCCAUGGAGCAACAAGCUCAGCUUAGAGACGCUCUAAAUGAAACUUUGAGGGAAGAAGUGCAACGGCUUAAGAUACAAGCCAGCCAAAUGUCAGCUAUGAAUGGGAAACAUUUCAAUGGCGGACUGCCUCAAAUUUUCCCUCACCAUCCAUCUCCGCAACACUUAAGCGGCCACCAGACCCUACAGCAACAACAGCAGAUGCCUCAGUCAUCCACCAACAAUGGGCAUUUGCAGCCUCGGUUCAUGGAUUUUAACCAGGAAGCAUAGCUUGAUGUGGGAAGAGAAUGCUCAAAAAACAUAAAAAGUACAAAGUAUAUGUAAAUGUAUGGUAGGUCAGGGUUGUGAAAUGGUGCUGGAUUAGUCCAUAUCAUAGGUUUCACAUGACUUUAUUAUCACCAUAGUAACGGUAAGAGAAAUGAAAAGAAAUGAGGGUUGAGAUGAUCUUCAAUUAAU